CUUUUAUAAUACCUAUUGAUAUUAAUUACUUGGAUAAAGACAUUAUAAUAAAUAGCUGUACUAUGAUAAAGACAAUAUAAUGAGUAUUAACUGGUUUGGUUGUGUUUGUACUUCUAAUUAGUUACAUUAGUUAAUUAUUAAUUUUCGAGAUUUAUUGAUAUAAAAGCAGUGCCGACUUUUAACAUAGUGAUUAGUUCCUCUGUUAUUAUUUCACAUGUCACAGAUUUGAAAAAUAUAAAAGGACAUUGAUGCGACAAGAGAUCAGCUUCGCCAACAUCCGGGCGGGUCCAGCGCGGCUUCCGCACCUUGACCCAGAAUUCCGUUCCUGUUUACCUUUGAACAUGUUAAAAUUUGCAACAACAAUGAGCUGAACUUUCGUCAUAAUGGCCGAAAUCUCAGGAGAAAGUUCCUUUCAGCCAAUGAAACGUUUCAAAAAGAUUCCCAUUUACGUUGUUGAGGAGCACAAUGACGUUUUGCAAUUUAUAUAUUCAGCUAUUGGUGGGAAAAAGCUACCUGUAGAAGGUACGACUUUAUUGCAUUUAGACGCUCAUCCUGACAUGCUUAUUGAUAGAAAAUUGAAGGGUGAAGAGGCACGCUCUGGAAAGAAACUUUUGCCCUUGUUACAAAUAGAAAACUGGAUAGUGCCAGCUGCGGCGGCUGGUCACAUUGGUCACGUGGUGUGGCUUCGUCCACCUUGGGCCACACAAUUUACAGAUGGCACUCGUAUUAUACGAGUUGGCGAUCAUCCACGCACGGGGUUGCUCCGUGUAGACAGCAAGGAACCGUAUUACCUCUCAGACGCAUUGUACUCCACAGAAUUAUAUAACGAGAGAAAGUUUAGGUUGACCGUAGCGGAAUUUUCUAAUUCUAAAUUAAACAAAAAUCAACAUGAAUUUUAUAAAUUAAUUGAGGACAUGAAAAUUUGUCAACCCUACGUACUUGAUAUAGACUUGGAUUUUUUCAGCACAGGAAAUCCUUUCUUAUCCUUGUAUGAAAAUAUAGGAUUAUAUGAUCGUUUGGAACCCAUAUUUACCUUUAAGCUUCCUGAAAACGAUGACAUUAUUACAGUGGAAAAAGUUAUCGAGUCAAGAGAAUUGCAACUACAAGAACUCGAAAAUAUAUUUCAACAUUUAGAAGAAUAUGGUAAUCUACAAAAUUAUUCAGGACAAAAAUCCUAUACUUACGACAUGGUAUCAGAGUUAGUUGCAGCAGUAUCUAAGGAAGCGGAGCGUCUUAAUGAGAAGCCUGACUGGUGGGCAGUCUUCGCAGCUGGCUGUACCAGGGACCAGGGCGGGCUUCCGUAUCAUAUUAGCACGCGAAAAGAAAUACAAAACACAGUUAAAAAAUCCCUGACUCUUUUAUUGCAAAAGCUUCCGCCACCAGUUCUGAUCACUGUCGCUAGAUCUACUGAUGACGGUUACUGUCCAUCUCAUCAGGUAGAUUUUAUACAGUCUCUAGUAUUGGAGACGUUACAAGAGAUAUAUGAGACGGACGAACCUACUCUACAUUAUUUAGCAUGAGUACUUUCUAAGAAUAUAUGUAUAAUAUUAUUUAAAUUAAAUAAUUAAGACUUUAAA